UAAAACCAUUCUCAGUAUUAUCUGUUUCUCAACAACCCGUUACUCCGUACAGGUUUAUUUAGAAAAUGCACGUCAGAAGACAAAACAUUCCUUCAACCAAUUAACUGUUAAACUAUCUGAGCUAUUGACAGGUAUUGGUGUAUAGAUAUUGGUAAUCCUUGACAAACAGCAUAUGUAAAAUGUCUAGGCAAGGGACACGAUUGGAUUCGAAAAAAGUUAAUUCAGAGUUAUUCACUCUUACGUAUGGUGCUCUAGUUUCACAACUUUUGAAAGACUAUGAAAAUGUGGAUGAUGUUAACAAACAACUUGAAAGAAUGGGAUACAAUAUUGGCAUAAGAUUAAUAGAGGACUUCUUAGCACGAACCAGUUCUGGGCGAUGUUAUGAUUUCAGAGAUACUGCUGAUAAAAUCCAGAUGGGUUUCCGAUUAUUUCUUGGUGUGACUCCUUCAAUAACAAAUUGGAGUCCUGCUGGUGAUGAAUUUUCUCUUCAUUUUGAGACGAACCCCUUAACAGAGUUUGUUGAACUUCCUGACCAUUGCCUAAACCUGAAAUAUGCGAAUGUCUUAACAGGAGUCAUAAGAGGAGCAUGUGAGAUGGUUCAAAUGGAAGUAACAUCGUGGUUUGUACAGGAUCAGCUUAAGGGGGACAAUGUAACAGAACUACGAAUAAAAUUCAUCAAAAGAUUGGAGGAUGCUAUUCCAGCUGGAGAAGACUAAACCAAAACAUUGCAUUCCAUUUAAUUAUUGUAUUAUUCACUGUAUUGUAUUAAAAAAACAUAUAUAUUAUAUUCAUAUUAUGUGAACAUGAA